GAAUCUCCCAUUAUGCGAUAUAAGUCCUUUGUUUGCACAGUCUCUUGUUCUAGUCUCGGUGAAUGUUGUUACUAAGCGCUUUUUUUUAGAAACUCUUUAUUAUUCAGGAGAAGGCGCUCUGCGACACACGACGGCUAUUCAACUAUAUGGCAAAUAGCUGGGUGCAGUGGUUACUUGAACUCUUGGUAAAAUUUAUCGACCUGAUUACGUUCGGUAAAAUGCUUCGCGGGACACCUGCUGAGCCGGAGUUAACGAUCAAUGUGAAGUUUAGUAGGGAUCUAACGAUACCGGUAAAGAUUACGCCGGAAAUGACAGUGCAGAAAAUUAAGCAGCACCUUAGUAGCGAUCUAAACAUACCCCCAGAGGAGCUUCGAAUCAUCUUCGCCGGCAAAGAACUUCUAGACCAAACGGUCUUACAGGAGUUCGACGUGGGUGAUCAAACGGUUGUCCAUGCUGUCAAGCAUCAUAAAUCACCAACAGCGAGUCGACAGACUUCCAUAAGCAUUCCUGAAUUUAGUGCCGAAACGACCUGUCCCCUGUCCAACUCUAUUAUAAAGUUGCAGCUUACGGACAAGGAUCGGAAGAGUCUGGGCACUACUGUUGAUGUUCAACGCAUCCACUUCUUCGUCUAUUGUAUGCAACCAUGCGCUCAGUUGUGUCCGGGGAAGUUACGAGUCCGGUGUGCCACGUGUCAACAGGGAACACUCCUGCUUCUACAAGACCCAUCAUGCUGGGACGAUGUCCUGGUUAAAGGACGAAUCAAUGGCACCUGCCAAAACGAGGGGUGCUCAGGACGAGAAGCGGAGUUCUUUUUUAAAUGUUCUGCUCACACACCGAACCCAGAAACCGCGGCACCGUUAGAACACGUAAAGAAUAAUUUCCAAGAGGUUCCUUGUAUUGCGUGUCAGGAUGUCAGUCAAAUUGUCGUGGUAUUUCCGUGUGAGUCAUCACAUGUCAUAUGUGUUGAAUGCUUUGUAAACUAUUGUACGUCACGUCUUAACGAACGUAAAUUCGUUCAGACUGAGGAACUGGGAUAUACCAUUGCCUGUCCAGUAAAUUGCCGCAAUUCAUUCAUAAAAGAUCCGCACCACUUCCGUAUUCUCGGUGCCCAACAAUAUGACAGGUACCAACGGUUUGCGACGGAAGACUUCAUUUUGAAGGCAGGUGGAAUAUUCUGUCCUUGGCCUGGAUGCGGUGCUGGCAUUCUUCUUGACGAAACAAUGUCGCGUUGCAACAAAAUCACUUGCUCUCGUAUCGAAGGACAAGGCUGUGGAUUUGUGUUCUGCCGAGACUGUCUUCAAGGAGCCCAUAUAGGGCCAUGUCAGGAAGAAGAUUUAGCGGAAAAGGAUUUAACAUUAGCAAUACAACGCGAGGCUGGUCCCGGUGGCAGUGAAAGUAUAUUUCGGGUAGAUGAGGAAAGGGCAAACCGUUCGCGUUGGGACAAAUCAUCUCGCUUAACAAUUAAGGGCACUACGAAGCCAUGUCCAAAGUGCAGGACUCCCACGGAACGGUCCGGAGGCUGUAUGCAUAUGCAGUGUGGUCGAUGCGAUUUGGAGUGGUGUUGGAUCUGUCAGACCGAAUGGACCCGAGAUUGCCAGGGAGCGCACUGGUUUGGUUGAGUGCUUAAAUGACACUAAACCUAUUACAUUUUUUGGAGAUUGGGCCGUCUAUUAAAGAAUAUUGGUACUCCAAAAAAAAUUUGAUAUUUUGGCGACUUUCAUUUUAUUGGAUUCAGGGUACCAAUAACCUCUUCAAGUGAAAGAGUCUUAAGCAGUGUCUAUUCUAUAAACAGAGGUUGUAAAACAUGCAAAAGUCAGUAUUGUCCCAGCAUAGCUUGUUUUACGCAUUCAAUGAUGUUGUUAGUAAUUAUGAGAGCAAAAGAAUAAAACGGAAGUACAAACCUGUAGUAUAGAAUACUCUCAUAUUAUGGAUAAUGUGAAGAAUUGAACGAAAGUCCUUUUUUUUAUUACUUAUGCUAUCUUUAAUUACUAUGUUAACUCAUUGAAUUAAUUUUAGGCAUAUAAUAAUAAUCUUUUACUUGUAAUAAAGUGUUGCGCACAA